GGCGGGAAAGUACGUUAGAUCAUGAAUUGUUCAUGUAGAAGCAAUCCCCUCCAUAACCUUUGCCUUCACAUGGAGAUGUACCUUUAUGGAAGGAGUUAAUGAAUGUUAUCAUGGGAGCACCAUCAGAUCUGCCCUCUACACGUCACUCUGCGCACUUCACGCGUCUUGCUCCUCUCUAUAUAAUUUUAGUUCAGGGGCCGGCGAGGGCGUGUGCUGUGGUGUUCAGUCGUUCAGUGGUGUUUGGUCAUUUGCAAGCGUUGUUUGUUGUGCAGUGGUUUGUGUUGUUCCAAUAAUUAGUAAAUUAUUGAAUAACAAUUAACGAUGGAGACGAUCUUAGAGCAACAGCGUCGGUAUCAUGAAGAAAGGGAGAGGCUGAUGGACGCAAUGGUUAAGGAAUUGCUUCACAAGAAACCGGGACAUCGGGAAAGUAUCAAUUCAGAGCAUCGGCUCAAGAUGCUACUCGAUCAGUUUAUGGAUAGCACAGGACAGUUGCAGGAGUUGUAUGAAGAUAAAGAUGGACAGCGCAAGGAAGAGGUACAAGCUCUGUCUGGUCCCAACGAAUUCUCCGAGUUCUACACACGUCUGAAGUCCAUCAAAGAGUUUUACCGUCGUCAUCCCAACGAAAUAAGCGUCCCCAUGUCGGUGGAGUUCGAGGAGUUAGCUAAAAUGCGUGAGAAUCCAACAGAGGAGCUCUCAAACCUCGUAGAAUUCACAGACGAGGAGGGCUACGGAAAAUACCUGGAUCUUCACGAAUGCUACGAGAAGUACGUCAAUCUCAAAGGAAUUGAGAAAAUUGACUACAUAACGUACUUAUCAACCUUCGACCACCUCUUCGAUAUUCCCAGAGAGCGUAAGAACGCUGAAUAUCGUCGUUACGUCGAGACACUCCUGGAGUAUCUCGCUGACUACAUAGGCAGAGUUAAGCCUAUUCAAGAUCUGCACGCAGACUUGACUGAUUGUCAGAAGGAUUUUGAGGUACAGUGGGAGAAUUGUACAUUCCCAGGGUGGCCCAAGGAGACAGGCAGUGCAUUGGCCAAUGUUGGAGCUCAUCUGGAGCUCUCUGGCUUCUCCUCUUGGGAGGAGCUUGCCUCUCUAGGGCUCGAUCGAUUGAAAUCAGCUCUGAUGGCCCUGGGACUGAAAUGUGGAGGAACUCUGGAGGAACGAGCUCAGAGAUUAUGGAAAACCAAGAAUGGUGCACAGCUGGAUCCCAAUUCUUUAGUCAAAAAUAAAAAUAAAAAAGGGGGAAAGGGAAAAGAUAAUGAGAAGCAAAAGGAAAUUGCUCGACUGGAGGCGCAAGUUUAUAAAUUAGCUGAGUUGGUAUCGAAUCAGCGUGUUGCUACCAAAGAGAAUGUUCAGAGGAAGCAGGCCAGGACGGAAGGAGAACGAGGAGAUUCAGAUGCUGAGGCCAGUGCCAGUGAGUCAGAGGAGGAGGAUGAUAAUGAAGUCCCAUACAAUCCUAAGAAUUUACCCUUGGGAUGGGAUGGAAAGCCAAUUCCUUAUUGGCUUUAUAAAUUGCAUGGACUUAAUAUCAGUUAUAAUUGUGAAAUAUGUGGUAAUUUCACGUAUAAAGGACCUAAGGCCUUCCAGAGGCAUUUUGCUGAAUGGCGACAUGCUCAUGGUAUGCGGUGCCUGGGCAUUCCCAACACUGCGCAUUUUGCCAACGUCACACAGAUUGAGGAUGCACUGGCGUUGUGGGAGAAAUUGAAGGCUCAGAAGCAGGCUGAGAGGUGGCAGCCUGAGCAGGAGGAGGAGUUUGAGGAUUCACUGGGGAAUGUCGUCAAUAGGAAAACGUAUGAGGAUCUUAAACGACAGGGACUUCUUUGAAUUUAUUUGUUAGACUGUAUUAAGUGGAAUAAUAAAUAUUUGGGUUUUGUGUA